AUGGCAAACGUCAAGGCAAUCCCCCCUGGAGGAACCUUUAUUGAUACCCUCGAUAAAUCAUUCGUUGAUGUUCCCAUCAAUAAGGAUAACGACAACACGAUUCCAACCACAGAGUUUCUUCAAGCUGCCGAGUCCCUCACUACUCUCUUCGAUGUUAUGGGAUCCGUAGCAUUUAACCCUGUUAAAAAUGAUAUGGCUGGCAACAUCAAGGUGCAUUGUCUCUCCUUCUACGCACCAGAUAUAAUUUUGUUAACAAUCUGGCAGAAACUCCGCGAGAGACAACUUGCUGCACCAACAGAGUCAGAGACUCUGCAAGAGUUAGUAAUUAAUGAGCUCAAGACCAAGAAACAUACCGCUACUGAAGGUUUAGUCUGGUUGGUUCGUGGUCUAGAUUUCACCUGCAUCGCCCUCUCCCAGAACCUCGCCGCCCCCUCCGACGAGCUCUCCGUUUCCUUCCGUAGCGCGUACGGCGCAACCCUCAAACCCCAUCACUCCUUCAUGGUGAAGCCCAUAUUCAGUGCCGCCAUGUCCGCUUGCCCAUAUAGAAAAGAUUUCUACAUCAAGCUUGGAGAUGACAACUCAAAGGUUGAGGCUGCUUUGAGAGUUUGGUUGAGUGCAUUGGAGAAUUUGAUUAGUAUCUUGAAGGGAUUCUUGGACAGAAAGGAGGCUAAGUGGUAG